UACGGUCAAACUGCAUGUUCUUCUCUCUUACCAAAACCAGAUUCCUUUCUCUUCAUGCACUCCAAAACCAAAACCUUCUCGCCAGAUGGGGAAUAUUUUUCUCCCACUACUUUUAACGCCUAAUUAAUUCAACCACUUUUGUUCUCAUUCUCUUCAAAUAAUAAAAAAACCAUUCACCAUUUUCAAAAAAAUAAAAAUAAAAAUUACACCCUUUUUGAAACUCAUUUUCUUUCUAUGUUACAGAGAGAGAAAGAGAGUACCUGCACUACAGCUUGUGCACAUCUACUGAGGCACCACAUUAUGCUAUCCAUCCAAAGGAAAGUGAAUCCCAAGGACAAAAAAACUAGAACAUAGCAACCCAAAUCUCUUUCUCUCCCGAUUCAGCAAAAAAGCAGCAACCUUCAACCACAACCCUUGAUUUCUUCUUUUUUAAUCUGACCCUCUCUGAAUCUGAUAGCACCACACACACACACCCUUCAAGGUUUCUCCUUUUUUCCUUUCCCCUCCAAAAUUGCCAUGAUUUGAUCCCUCUCAGCUCUCAACACCAAAUGGGUAGUUUAAAGUCCCUAUUCCUUCUUUUGUUACUGAUUUUGCUCUCAAAUCUUGAGCCACCCCAGCUUGCUGAAUCUGCCUCUGAUUACACCACCUUGGUCUACAAGGGUUGCUCCAAGGAAACAUUCACAGAUCCAAAUGGGGUCUAUUCUCAAGCCCUUUCAGCCCUAUUUGGCUCAUUGGUCUCACAAUCCACCAAAGGCAAGUUUUUUAAGGCCACCACUGGGAGUGGCCAAACCACCAUGACUGGGCUCUUCCAAUGCAGAGGGGACCUCUCAAACUCUGAUUGCUACAACUGUGUGAGCAGGCUCCCAGUGUUGUCUGACAAACUGUGUGGCAAGACCAUAGCUGCAAGGGUGCAGCUCCUAGGUUGUUACAUGCUGUAUGAGGUUGCUGGGUUUUCACAACAAAUCUCAGGGAUGCAGAUUCUGUACAAGACUUGUGGGGCAACCAAUGCUGCUGGAAGAGGGUUUGAGGAGAGGAGGGACACUGCUUUCUCUGUGAUGGAAAAUGGGGUGGUUAGUGGACAUGGCUUCUAUGCCACCAGCUACCAGGCUUUGUAUGUGAUGGGGCAGUGUGAGGGAGAUGUUGGUGAUUCUGAUUGUGGGGAGUGUGUCAAAAGUGCUGUACAAAGAGCUCAGGUUGAAUGUGGGAGCUCUAUUUCAGGCCAGGUCUAUUUGCACAAGUGCUUCAUUAGUUAUAGUUAUUACCCUAAUGGGGUUCCAGGGAGACACUCUUCAUCUGCAGCAUCAUCGUCCUCUUCUUCCUACUCCUCAUCUUCUUCUGGGCAAAAUACAGGGAAGACAGUGGCUAUAAUAUUAGGAGGGUUAGCUGGGGUGGCGUUUUUGGUUAUAUGCUUGAUGUUUGCUAGGAGUUUGAAGAAGAAAUAUGAUGAUUAUUGACAGUAGAAGAUGGUUGAGUGAGGAGGCAUAUUCUUGAUGCGGUGGAUUGUUUCAAUAUAUAUAGCUUUUGGAUGAAAGAGAUGGAAAAUUUCUGGUAAUUAGACUUUAGAAGAUAGGGAAAGAAUCUAGGGCGGUUAAAAGUGGGGACUACUAAUUCUUGUAGUUAGUUAAGAAGAUUUUGUUGUGAAGAACGGUGUAAUUAGCUCAUGAAAGUGAGAAUUUUUUUUACAUUACAAGGUGAAAAAAGAAAUAUACCUAGAGGAAUGAAUGUUUGUCAUCCUGAAUGGGUGAAAAUUUUGUGCCUAUUUCUUUAUCCAUGUGGAUGAUUCUCUUUUCCCUUGUCUACAUACUAUAGUACUGAGUCUCUAUUUGUAUUUGCUUCACUAACUUUAACUUUUUAAAAAGUUGCAAGUUGCAGCACCCUCUCUCUUUUCUUCCCGGUUUCCCCUCCCCAACACACAUGUUUUGGUUUUUGUGUUUAGGGUAGACAAUGACAGAUACACAACUUCAAGUCAAUGCCAAUUAACUAAACAUUUAGAUUACCGAGGGGAGAAGCAAAAGUGGCACAGUAUUUGGGGUUUCUGUGUGGCAUUAACCUGAAAAGUCUCUUGCAAACAAAAGACAUGGAGGCGUUUAUCAUUGGAAUCAUGGCAUUGGCAUGUGCCUUAAGUCUUCUGCAUUCCUACAUGGUUGUGGGAAAAUGCUGAUGUUUGGCCUAUUUGCAAAUUCUUUUCUCAGAAAUAUUGAGAAGAAAAAGGAAAUAGUGCGACAAAUAUUACAUGAGAAGAAAGAUUAUGCAUUAACAUUGUCUUUCGACUGCAUAGUAAGAUUGUUAACUUUUAUAAUAAUUAACAUUUUGGGCCUUCACCAUUAAAUAUAGUUCAAAAUGGUUAAGGUGUUAAAGUUGGGUUUAGCUUAUGUCAAGUUCAAUAGGAGCGGUCUAAGUUUUAUCAGAAUAUUGUCACCAUCGGAUCUUCUCUUUGGAUGAAAUCAUCAAACCUAUUCUUCUGCCGAAAGUAUAUUCAACGAAAUGAAGAGACACUUUAACCGGCUCUUGGAUUGUGCAAAAGAUGCCCUAUUUGUAAUUUGUAAACAUAGUCUUUGUCACAUAGGUUAUUGUAUUUCUUAAUUGCAAAAUAAUACUUAGAUAUACGUGUAUAAUUCGAGCUUUACAUUAAGGUAUCACCGUAUCAUAUAAAGAUCAUUUGACGCAUUGUCUUGUGAUGGUUUGUAAGUUA